AGAGUUGCAGCCGCUCUGGGCUCUGGGGCCAGGUUGCGGUUCUCCCUGGGUAGCGGCUGCUCCCGGGAGGCUCGCUGCCGGCUGGGGUGGGGGUUCCUGGAAACGGGCGCCACCCAGCCCCUCCCCACCUGGCUCAGGAAUGGUGCGCCUGGAAACUCCGCUGGACUUGCCUGGGCCUCGGGGCGGAGUGCUGGGGCGCUGGGUGCCCGGGUCCCCGGGUUCCCUGAGCUUAGAAGGGCCUGUCUGGAGGAAGGGAUUCCAGCUCUAGGGACUGGGUGGGGCGUCCUCAGCCCCUCCUUCGGCAGCUGUCCGGUGUUAGGCUGGGUGGGGCCGCCUCGGACCCAGCUCUGGGCUGGUUUUCCCACGUCUUUGCUCCUGCUGGAGGGAGGGGGUGGUGUGGGGCCUGGGCCCGAAGAUGGCACCCAGGACACUGAGGGAGGGCGCCGUCCGGCCCUGUGACUGGCACCCCUGCAAGGAGCUGCUCUGUCAGGGCGCCCCCGGGCUUUGCCUGUCCGAGGAAAGCGCCCUUCAACCCGGCCGACUUUGAGCCCUGAGUUCCUGAGGGUGAGCGCAGGAGGAGCCCAGGGCAGAGGCCGGCAGGACUCGCUGGUGGCUGGGAGCUGAGUCCUGGCUCCACUCUCACAGACGAACAGGCCCCGAGCCCAGGGCCCCAGACAAGGCUGCUCCGGUUCCAGUUGUGCCGGGUGACGGCAGAGCCAGGACAAAGGAGGCCUGUUGAGGUCCUGGCCACCCCCAGCCGGCCGCCCUGGGAUGAUGGAAUGCAGGGCAGUGGGUCUUCCGAGAACAUGAGGACCUUGGCGCCCUGACGGCGGUGGCAUGGAGUGAUCUCUGUGUGUGGGGGAGGAGCCCCCUGUGCUGCUUCCGCCUGGGGCUGGUUGGGGGUGAGGGCUCCAGCAGCUAAUUUCCUGCUAGAGGAAGUUCUUUGAGGUCACAGGGCAGACGCAGAGAAGGCCUCCAGCCUACUCUGACCUUUCUCUCCAAAAAGGAGGUGUCUCUGUGCCAGAACCCUGGGCGUGGAGAUCCUGAAAGGGGCUGUGUCUACAGGCACCCUACCUCUUCCCCAUUUCCCAGGGACUGGCGACAUCGAGGAAACAGAUGUGGAACUGCAGACCCCACACCCUUCCUUCCUCUCUCCCCUCCCCAGACACUGGAGGGGGCCCCCCAUUCCAUUCUGGCAUGAGGCUUAUUCGGUGCCUCACCAUUUAUUUACCUGGGGUGAUAGGGGGGUGGGCGGGACUGUCUGGGCUGUGAGUGGCACCUCCCGUGGUUCCCCCAGGAAUGGGUGGUGUGGACACCUGCCAGGCAUUGAAGACCACCCCUGGCUCUGUGCCCCUGUCUCAUCAGAUGGGCAGCAGGAGGCUCCAGAGGUGGCGCCCAGGCUCUGAGCUACCCUAGGUCUGCAGACUAGUGGGCAUUGGCCAGAGACAUGGCCCAGCCACUGGCCUUCAUCCUCGAUGUCCCUGAGACCCCAGGGGACCAGGGCCAGGACCCCAGCCCCUAUGAUGAAAGCGAAGUGCACGACUCCUUCCAGCAGCUCAUCCAGGAGCAGAGCCAGUGCGCGGCCCAGGAGGGGCUGGAGCUGCAGCAGAGAGAGCGGGAGGUGACAGGAAGUAGCCAGCAGACACUCUGGCGGCCCGAGGGCACCCAGAGCACGGCCACACUCCGCAUCCUGGCCAGUAUGCCCAGCCGCACCAUUGCUGCCUCCAUAGGCCGCAGCCGAGGUGCCAUCAUCUCCCAGUACUACAACCGCACGGUGCAGCUUCGGCGCAGGAGCAGCCGGCCCCUGCUCGGGAACUUUGUCCGCUCCGCCCGGCCCAGCCUCCGCCUGUACGACCUGGAGCUGGACCCCAUGGCCCAGGAGGAGGAGGAGAAGCAGAGCCUCCUGGUGAAGGAGCUCCAGAGCCUGGCGGUGGCACAGCGGGACCACAUGCUUCGAGGGAUGCCCUUAAGCCUGGCUGAGAAACGCAGCCUGCGAGAGAAGAGCAGGACCCCGAGGGGGAAGUGGAGGGGCCAGCCGGGCAGCGGCGGGGUCUGCUCUUGCUGUGGCCGGCUCAGAUAUGCCUGCGUGCUGGCCCUGACGCCGUGGCGCUACGCCCUGAAGCGCAUCGGGGGCCAGUUCGGCUCCAGCGUGCUCUCCUACUUCCUCUUUCUCAAGACUCUGCUGGCUUUCAACGCCCUCCUGCUGCUGCUGCUGGUGGCCUUCAUCAUGGGCCCUCAGGUCGCCUUCCCACCCGCCCUGCCGGGCCCUGCCCCCGUCUGCACAGGCCUGGAGCUCCUCACAGGCGCGGGUUGCUUCACCCACACCGUCAUGUACUACGGCCACUACAGUAACGCCACGCUGAACCAGCCGUGUGGCAGCCCCCUGGAUGGCAGCCAGUGCACACCCAGGGUGGGUGGCCUGCCCUACAACAUGCCCCUGGCCUACCUCUCCACUGUGGGCGUGAGCUUCUUUAUCACCUGCAUCACUCUGGUGUACAGCAUGGCUCACGCUUUCGGGGAGAGCUACCGGGUGGGCAGCACCUCUGGCAUCCACGCCAUCACCGUCUUCUGCUCCUGGGACUACAAGGUGACGCAGAAGCGGGCCUCCCGCCUCCAGCAGGACAAUAUUCGCACCCGGCUGAAGGAGCUGCUGGCCGAGUGGCAGCUGCGGCACAGCCCCAGGAGCGUGUGCGGGAGGCUUCGGCAGGCGGCUGUGCUGGGGCUUGUGUGGCUGCUGUGUCUGGGGACCGCGCUGGGCUGCGCCAUGGCAGUCCAUGUCUUCUCGGAGUUCAUGAUCCAGAGUCCAGAGGCUGCUGGCCAGGAGGCUGCGCUGCUGGUCCUGCCUCUGGUGGUUGGCCUCCUCAACCUGGGGGCCCCCUACCUGUGCCGUGUCCUGGCCGCCCUGGAGCCGCAUGACUCCCCGGUACUGGAGGUGUACGUGGCCAUCUGCAGGAACCUCAUCCUCAAGCUGGCCAUCCUGGGGACACUGUGCUACCACUGGCUGGGCCGCAGGGUGGGCGUCCUGCAGGGCCAGUGCUGGGAGGAUUUCGUGGGCCAGGAACUGUACCGGUUCCUGGUGAUGGACUUCGUCCUCAUGUUGCUGGACACGCUUUUUGGGGAACUGGUGUGGAGGAUUAUCUCCGAGAAGAAGCUGAAGAGGAGGCGGAAGCCGGAGUUUGACAUUGCCCGGAAUGUCCUGGAGCUGAUUUAUGGGCAGACUCUGACCUGGCUGGGGGUGCUCUUCUCGCCCCUCCUCCCCGCCGUGCAGAUCAUCAAGCUGCUGCUCGUCUUCUAUGUCAAGAAGACCAGCCUUCUGGCCAACUGCCAGGCGCCGUGCCGGCCCUGGCUGGCCUCACACAUGAGCACCGUCUUCCUCACGCUGCUCUGCUUCCCCGCCUUCCUGGGCGCCGCUGUCUUCCUCUGCUACGCCGUCUGGCAGGUGAAGCCCUCGAGCACCUGCGGCCCCUUCCGGACCCUGGACACCAUGUACGAGGCCGGCAGGGUGUGGGUGCGCCACCUGGAGGCGGCAGGCCCCAGGGUCUCCUGGCUGCCCUGGGUGCACCGGUACCUGGUGGAAAACACCUUCUUUGUCUUCCUGGUGUCAGCCCUGCUGCUGGCCGUGAUCUACCUCAACAUCCAGGUGGUGCGGGGCCAGCGCAAGGUCAUCUGCCUGCUCAAGGAGCAGAUCAGCAAUGAGGGUGAGGACAAAAUCUUCUUAAUCAACAAGCUUCACUCCAUCUACGAGAGGAAGGAGAGGGAGGAAAGGAGCAGGGUUGGGACAACCGAGGAGGCUGCGGCACCCCCUGCCCUGCUCACAGAUGAACAGGAUGCCUAGGGGGACGGCGAUGGGCCUCACAGGCCCGCCCAGCACCCUGAGACCAUACUGUUGCCUCCCAGUGACCCUGCUGGGACACCAGGACAAGGAAGACAGUUUCGCUUCUUGAAAGCCGCAGCUGCGCCUAGGCUGGAGCUGGAAGGGUGGGUGAAUCCGGCUUGGGCAUCCCCAGUGAACUCUGCCCUGCCUGGGACUCUAUUUAUUCUGAUUAAAGGGGUUUUGCAAAUGGGCUUGUCCCUUGGGGCUCUGUGUCUGUGACCACACCCAGGGCCUGCUUCCCGCUGCCCUGGGGCCACCUCCAGGUGCAGGUCUGGGUCCUGGGAACCUCAGCUGGAGUGGGGACGCCCUCUGCUGGCCAAGCCCCAGAUGGCAGGGGCUGGACUGCGCCAGGGCUUGAUCUGCUUGCUGCUUUUGACCAGCCUGAACUCGCGCCCAGGAGGGGCUUACACCUGCACAAGUGAGCCGAGCAGGCACGGAUUGUGACCAGAGCGAUGCGUCAACCAUUGGGUGAUGCUGUAGCAUCUACUGGAGCAGGAGGCAAAUUUAGAGAGGGACUUGGAGGCGAGACAUGUCAGUCGCAAAUGAGUUGUGGGGACAGUUGCCUCCCAGGCAUAGAUAACCAGCACCUGUGCUUGGAGGCGAACAGGGCUUGGUGAGGUGGGGCUGGCCCCCUGCUUCUGGCUGCCAGCAGCUGGCUGGGGGGUGGUGAUCCUGGGUCUGACUGGGCUGAGUUUGAGGAGCCCGUGGGAUACCGAAAACCGUAGGCUGUGGGGGGUGGGCACAGGGAUUCGGGGACCAGCCUGUCAUGACCCCGUGCUCCAGGUCUGCAGGGACCAGCCCAUGACAGCCCAGGGCUCCAGGUCUGCGGGGACCAGCCUGUCAUGACCCCGUGCUCCAGGUCUGCAGGGACCAGCCCAUGACAGCCCAGGGCUCCAGGUCUGCGGGGACCAGCCCAUCACAGCCCAGGGCUCCAGGCCUGCGGGGACCAGCCCAUCACGGCCCCAGUGCUCCAGGCCUGCGGGGACCAGCCCGUCAGCCUCAGUGCUCCAGGCCUGCGGGGACCAGCCCGUCAACUGCGGGGACCAGCUCAUCAGCCUCAGUGCUCCAGGCCUGCGGGGACCAGCCCGUCAGCCUCAGUGCUCCAGGCCUGCGGGGACCAGCCUGUCAGCCUCAGUGCUCCAGGCCUGGGGGGACCAGCCCUUCAUAGCCUCAGUGCUCCAGGCCUGCGGGGACCAGCCCAUCAGCCUGUGCUCCAGGCCUGCGGGGACCAGCUCAUCAGCCUCAGUGCUCCAGGCCUGCGGGGACCAGCUCAUCAGCCUCAGUGCUCCAGACCUGCAGGGACCAGCCCUUCACAGCCCCAGUGCUCCAGGCCUGCGGGGACCAGCCCGUCAUGACCCCAGUGCUCCAGGUCUGUGGGGACCAGCCCGUCAACCUGUGCUCCAGGCCUGCGGGGACCAGCCCGUCAACCUGUGCUCCAGGCCUGUGGGGACCAGCUCAUCAGCCUCAGUGCUCCAGGUCUGUGGGGACCAGCCCGUCACGGCGCAGGGUUCCAGGCUUGUGGGGACCAGCCUGUCACAGCACCAGUGCUCCAGGCCUGUGGGGACCAGCCUGUCACGGCCCAGGGCUCCAGGCCUGCAGGAGCUGCGCUUGGGAUUGGGGAAUGAACCCAGGUGGGGAAAUGGUCAAAGAGCGACGGGCCCAGAAAAGGGUCAGACCCAGAUGGAGAUGCCACUGGCUGCUAGCAGACCCCCACGCUGGGUCUAGCCCACCCAAUCCCAUGGGGAUGCUCCUGUGCUCUGCAGACAUCUGGGUGCUGCCACAGGGGCCCGACAGAGUUGGCAUCUGGGUGGAUCUGAGCCAAGUGGUGCUUCUGGGCCUCAGCAAGUAGCUGGUGCUGAUUCUGGGCAGCCAACUGUGGCAGCAUCUUCAGGUGCGAGUGCUGCUGGGUGAAGCUGCGUGGGCAGUCCAGAAAGUGACGUGACAGUCCACAGGGACCGACGUAGGGUUUCCAGCCCCUAUCUGUGCAGAUGCUGUCCUCCAAACCAUCACGGUCCCUCUCUGGCUGGGGACGUGCGCCUGCCACUGCUGGCUUGCCAGCAUGAUCAUUGGUUGUGACCUGUUGAGCCCAUCUUGCCAGCCUCACAAAGGACAGUACCAGCUGCUUAUGACAGGAAAGUGGAAGAACUUGGCCUGGAUAUUUCUGGAGAAUUACCGUGUGUGCUAGUCAGUCUUUCGUGUCAACCAGGCCAGGCUGUGGGGCCUGUGAUCUCAUCGAGAGGGGCCGAGGUGUUGCUGUGAUCGUGUGCUGCUGGAAUGUGGUGAACACCUACAGUCGAUUUCACCUAAAGAUCAUCCUUGAGAAUGUGGGUGAGCCUCAUCCUAUCAGCUGAAAGCUUUAAGAGCAAAACCCGAGGUGUCCCAGAGAGGGAAUUCUGCCUUGAGACGGCGGCUUCCACUCCCACUGGAUGUCCAGCCCGCGGCCCCACGGCUGGGUGAGCCCGUCCUCUCCUCGUUUCUGCCUCCUAUUUGUUCUGUCUCCGGACCCACCGUGUGGUCCCAGACCCUCCAGUGAGGACCUCCCGUAUUUCUUCAGAGCAGCCCUUGCGUGCUGGAGGCCUGGGCUUCAGUGUGUCCCUGGGUGCCCUGGGGCAUGUUCUGUGACCUCCCAGCUCCUCGCCUCAUGGGGCCGCUGUAUCAAGUGACACAGUUUGUGGGCUGCGUACCAUGCCUGGCACCCAUUUGAGGUGUUGCAAGGAGGCCAUGUUUGCUCGAUGAGAGCAGCCUAAGAUCUACAAACUGUUGUUCGAGUGGAUGGGAACCUGAUGCUAUUUCAGGCUGAAUGACAAGACUCCGCGAUGCUCUUCGGCCUGGGCUGCACAACGGAAUCUACCAGGGAGGUUUUAAAAACACUGGUACUUGCUGGAGGUGGUGGCGCCUGUCUGUAAUUGCAGCUGCUCCAGAGGCUGAGGCGGAGGAUUGCUUGAGCCCAAGAGUUUCGGUUUAUUUGCUUUUUCAGAGUCUUGCUCUUGCCCAGGCUGGAGUGCAGUUCCAUGAUCUCGGCUCACUGCCUCAGCUUCCCAAGUAGCUGGGAUUACAGGUGCAUACAACCAGGCCUGGCUGAUCUUCGUAUUUUUAGUGGAGACGGGGUUUCACCGUGAUGGUCAGGCUGGUCAAGAUCUCCUGACCUCAAGUGAUCUGCCCGCCUCGGCCUCCCAAAGUGCUGGGAUUACAGACAUGAACCACAACACCUGCCGAGCCUAGGUGUUUUGAAUCCAGCAUGGGCAACAGCAAGACCCUGUCCCAACAAACAAAAAAACACUGGUGCCUGAGGCCCACCCCGAGAGAUUCUGAUUGAGUUGAUUUGGAUGUGAAUUAUCUUUAAAAUUUUGGAUGUGAAUUUUUUUUUUUUUUCCUUGGGAUGGAGUUUCACUCUUGUUCCCCAGGCUGGAGUGCAACGGGACGAUCUUGGCUCACUGCAACCUCCGCCUACUGGGUUCAAGCCAUUCUCCUGCCUCAGCUUCCCAAGUAGCUGGGAUUACAGGCAUGUGCUACCAUGCCCAGCUAAUUUUGUAUUUUUAGUAGAGACAGGGUUUCUCCAUGUUGGUCAGGCUGGUCUUGAACUCCUGACCUCAGGUGAUCCGCCCACCUCGGACUCCCAAAGUGCUGGGAUUGCAGGCAUGAGCCACCAUGCCUGGCUGGAUGUGAAUUAUCUUAAAAAUUUUCAGGUAAUUCUAAUGGGCCAAGGUUGAGAACCCCUGCUCUGGGCCCAUCCGAGCACCAGGCUGUCACAAACGCAUGCACGCACUCACGCCCGUGGGCUUGGGGGGCUUCGGAAAUGUGCUUCUGCUUUUUUGAGAUGGGGUCUUUCUGUUGCCCAUCCCGGAGCACAGUGGCACGAUCACAGCUCACUGCAGCCUCGACCUCCUGGGCUCAGGUGAUCCUCCCGCCUCAGCCUCCCGAGUGUCUGCUUCUGGUUUUCAUGAUGACCUGGGGCCCAGGCAUACUACACUUGUGCUGUUCAGGGGCCAGUCCUGCACCAGGAGCCCAUCAGCCACAGCUCCACCGAGAAGCACUGAUAUGCAGAGCUAAGCAGCUUUGUUUCCACGUGGAUCCUGCGUAGGUUUUCUUGGUCCAUCCGUAGACACCGCACUCCUGCAGAGGAUCUUCUCGGGAUGCCCCACUGUCUCUGUUUUCCCUCUUCACUGAACACUCAGUCGGGGCUCGCCAUGAUGCCUCUGUGUCUGCUGGCUUCUCCCCCAUUGGAACAGCCUUCUUGGCACGCCACACUGCUAGCUGCUGGGCACUGUGCUUUCUGCCUUUACCGUUCUGCCGUGAUGUUGCCAAAAUAGCAACAACAACAACAACAAAGGCUGGGCACAGUGGCUCAUGCCUGUAUUCCCAGCAGUUCGAGAUCAGCCUGGGCAACAUGGUGAGACCCUAUCUCUACAAAAAUAAAAAAUGAAAUGAGCUGGGUGGGGUGGCGCAUGCAUGCCUGUGGUCCCAGCUACUUGGGAGGCUGAGGUCGGAAGAUCGCUGGAGCUUAACCUUGAGGUCAAGGUUGCAGUGAGCCGAGAUUACAUCACUGCACUCCAGCGUGGGAGACAGAGACCCUGUAUUAACAAACAAAAACACAAACCACAAAGGGCAGAUCUGAACCUGUCAUUUAAAAAAAAAAUUUAAUAAACUUAAAAAAAAAUAUAUCCACAGAUGCAGGUGAAGAACCUGUUGUCUUCCUCAAGCCUCUUUUUCACCCAUGGGUGGAAAUGGUGCCCUGGACACCCAGGCCCACGAGGUCUUUGCGUGGGGUCCCUACACAGGGCUUUAGCUUACACUGUGCUGCCCUCCUGUCCCCCAAGUUCCCAGUCUGUCAAAAUCCAACCUGGUCUCCCAGGCCCAGGGCAAAUGCCACCUCCAUGAAGCCUGCCACAUCCUUUGCACACCCUUGGGCGCUGACCUUGUUCUCCCAGCGCACAGGCACGGGUACAGUUUGCCCCUGUAGUAGUAACUCAGGCACAAAAUGAACUCUUGCUGAGGCUCGGCCGCGCAGAGCUGAGGGUUGCCGCUUCCAGGUUCAAGUGCAUUUUGAGUUUCAUUCCCAGCUUCCUUCUUUUUCUGGUCUUUAAUUUCUUCUCCGGAUUAGGUCCCACUCAAUGCUUUCCUUCUGAAUUUCCAAAAGAGUAUGGUCAGAGCCAGCAGCACACCACCUUCCCCAUGGGUGGGGGGGGCCAGCCUGUGGUGGGGGUGCGGGUCCCAUCUUUUCGAAGGAAUUGACCCACAGUGGGCGGGUCCACCUUUGACCUUGCCCCAGGGAGUGCAGACAGAAAAAAGACCCUUGCUUAGUUUGAGGGGCCGCUGGGGUGCUCGGUUUGUCUUCAGAGGCCUGUCUGUAACACCAAUGCCACCCCGGUGGCACUGACUGGUCACCCUGAAGGCCACGGCCAGUGUCCUAGGAAGGGACUCAAUUUCUAGCUGUGCCACCUGAGAUUCAGGGGUUAGGCUGGUUCUGCUUCUGAAGUUCCACUGUGCUCAAAGUGCUUGGUGAAAGUUAGCGAAGGUGAUUUUACAAAAAUAGAUGCAUAAAAUGUCUAGGAAACACAAAAAAUCCUCAUUACUCUUCUCUCCGAAUAUUUUUUAAGCCCCAACUGGACCCUAGGCAAAAGUGAGUGGCACUCCUCUGCCAGGACUCCAGGCGAGCCCCGGCAUCUUCUUGCUGCCGUCCCAGACAACAGAAGUUACCAGAUGAACAGACUUGGAUGGGCCACGGGGGUGGAGAGCUAGAAAGCUUGGCUGUGCCUCUCGAUGAUGAUUAAGAUUUCAAUAUUUACAGCACAACCACAAAGCAAAUGAUAGAAUAAAGCAAAACAAUGGAAAAUCUGAGUUCACUCAUGAGAGAGGUACGUAUGUGAGCUCUGAGGAAAUUACAGAGUGAACGCAUGCAGCGGGACAGCUCUCCCAAUCGCAGCGUGCAAAGUAGACAUCCAUAGUAUCUUUUGAAAAAUGAAAAACACAUUACUUUCAACGGCCAAGAAAAAAAAUUGCAAUUUAUUAAGAUUCAAUAAAGCGUUGUACUUUCGAAAGCAACUUUCGAUGCAUGUUCUUCAACAGUCACAUUCUAUGAGGAAAACAUUAAGAGCCACGAACUUGUUUUUUAAUCUCAGAGUUACAGACAUAUUAAGUUCAAAAUAAAAGGUAAAAAAACCAAAAAACAAACAAACAAAAAAAACCCCUCAAACCCAACAAAACCCAAAAACAAACAAACAUAUUCUUGACUUCCAUCCCCAAUUUUAAAACAACAGUUUUUGUACAACUCAAUGCUCGCCGGCAGCACGGGAAGUGGUAUGUCGGACGCACAUACGCACACGCACGCUCACACGCACACAUAUUGGAUAUACAUACGCAGGUGUAUGUCCAUCGAAUAUAUAGAACGCAUGUAAUGGCAAUGAGAUGCAGUCACUCUGAGGAAGGUUGGUUUUGCUAAAUAUCCUACUAAACUUGAGAAAAAAAGUCUUGAACCCAGUUUGUGCAUAGUUCAUGAUCCUCUAUAAAACCAGCUUUUGUGGAUCUGCAAUCUUGCAGGACUUUUUUUUUUUUUUGUAUUUUUUUUGUUUUGAUAAAACCAUUAAAAAGCUAAUUAAAAAAAAUGUAAUGCACAAGUUUCCUGAUCAAGCAGGCAGGGAGCACAAUGUUCAUAUAUAUAUUUUUUAAAACAUACUUGAAGGUAUGUUAUUCCAUUGUCUUUCUUCCUUGCAAAACAAUCAAAACAUUGAUCAUUUUUAAAACAUAAAGCAAUUUUUAAUAUAUAAAGCACUCUUCAAACAUCUAUUUCUUUUGAGUCCAUUAUUUGGUAAAUAUGUAACUGCUACACAUUAGAGAUUAGGUAUUUUUCUUCUUUGUGUUUUUUUUUCCUCUUUUUCUUUUUUUUCAUUUUUUUGUUUUGUUUUGUUUUGUUUUUUUUUUUAAAUAACAUCUUCAGUGCUAGGAGUUGGGUUUAAAAAUACAUGAAAUGGUGUGGAGCUGCCCUCGGGAGCCCUGGCUUUCCUGAGAGCGCGUCCGGCAUGUGCAAGACAGUGGCCACAACGCCUGUCACCUUGACGAAGGGGCGAAAGCAAUCGACAGAGUCCACGACGAUGGCCGAGGGAACAACACUGUCCCGUCCCAGAGCUCUGAAGGAACGCAUCUGCAUUCUGAAAAUAGGUUUCUUUACGACGGAAGUCUUUUUUUUUUGUUAAUUCCUUUUUAAAUUUUUAAAAUUUUAAAGUCUGAAGGAGAAAAAAAGGUCUGUAAACAGGUGGGAGCCCAAACCCCAGGCUCCCCCAAAAGCAGUCACAACCCACGCCCAAGUGCUUGUUUCUGUUCCUUCCACGGAACCAUCCAUUCUUUACAAGUAUCUAUGGCCACAGUUCAACAACAGUUUUUUUUUUCCUCUUUAACUUUAUAUUCCAAAUGGAAAAAUGGUGCAAUACUCUGGUAAUAAUUUUCUUGCAUUAGUCCACAAUAAAAAGCUGCUAAAGGUAGGUAUACAUAUUAUUUCUCCAGAGAUAUACACUGUACUUUUUAAACGCAGUCACAGAGUCCUUGAGUAAACAUUUACACAUGAAUUGUCGCAAGCCCUGUCCUAGGAAUUCUCUGUAAUGUAUAGGAUUAGCUAAAGGAAGGGCGAGGACACUCAGUGCAAAGUUAGAAGCUAAUAAUAACAAACGUUUGACCAAUGCGCCAAAAAAAAAGCGUAUACUGAAUACAAGGGAAAACCCACAGUUAAAUCCUCACACGCUUUCAAACACACAAACACAGAAAACUGCACGCCGUGCAGGAGCACGCGCCACACAUGCACACACACACUUCCGUUUCAACACGCACACAUACACACACGUAGGCUAUGAACUUAGAAAUUUUUCCUAGAGCCUGUUUCUGUGUACUGAUGUCAACCUGGAAGUGUAGAAUUAGAAAGUGUUCACAUUUCACUAUUGGCCUGCUGGAUUCAAGUAUCUGCAUGUUUGAUAUGUCUUUUUUUAACUUUUAAAAAAUAUUUUUUGGGAUAAAAAAAUGACAUGAAAAAGUAAUGAAACAAGGGUAAUGUGCAUAGGCGGAUCCAGGGGAACAGAGAGCAGAUCGCAGCCCGCGCCUUCCGCUCAGCUCCCGCCGCGGAGCCGCUCUGCGCCCGGCGGUCCACACCAGACUCUGCCCUGAUUACCGGCCGCCUCUGGUCAUGUGCAUAAUCGUCACAGGCUCAUUUUAAAUAGGCUUCACGUCUCCCUCCCUCCCCCACAGAUAAAAUAACCCUUUCCAGCCCACAAUCUGAAAAGUGCCCUUCAUGAUAGAACUAUUCUAAGCAGCUUUUAUACUUAAAAAAAAAAAAAAAAACAAAA